AUGUCCAAAGUCGCUAAGCGUUCUUCAACUUCAACAAAUUCAGAAAAGUCCUUGAAAAAUAAAAAAUCCUUUGCUUCAAAAUUUAUCGAUAAAAUAAGUCAGACCACACUAGACCACCAAAAUAGAAAACAACUAGCUAUCAAAAAGAGAGAAGAAAAAAAAGCUGAAAUAGAUGAAAGAAUUCGUCUAGAAAAUGAAAAAAGAUUGAUCAACGUAAAACAAAAAUUUCAGCAAAGAAAUUCCUCAAACCCAUCUCAAUCUCAAUCUCAACCCACCCCAACUUCUCAAUCCCAUUCUCACUCUCACCCAAAUCCUCAUCUUAAAAACUACUGCUCAAAUAAUGGUAAUAUAAGCAUCAACUCUUCAAUCAACUCCUCCUCACCUCCAACUCCAUCCAACCAACUCUCUUCUCCCAAUAAAAAUAUCAAUACCAAUACCAAUACCAAUAACGACUCCAAUUUCAACUCCUUUAAUAACCCAAAGAUUUCCAUGUCUGAUGACCCAUUGCAAAAUUCCUCUUUAAAGAUAUAUACUCAAAAUACAAACAUCAACGACUCCAUUAUCAACGACAAUUUCGACACUCAGAUGUCUUUCAAAAAUUCACCCAUCUCAUUUUCCAAUAACAACAUUUUAACCUCAAAUUCAACCUCGAAUUCAAACUCAAAUUCAAACUCAAAUCUAAAUCAUCUCUCUUUAUCAAACUCAAAUUCAAUAUCUGCUUCGAAAAAUACUUCCUCCUUGACAAAUUUGGCCUCCAUCUCUCACUCAGACUCAAUUUCAGCCUCAAAUAAUAAAAACAACAACAACAACGACAACAAAAAUUUUAAACUCAUAAUAAAAAAUAAAAAUAAGAAAAUAUUUUUAACAAAUAAAAACAAAAAACCACUCUACGUUGCCAAAAACUCAUACUUAUCUUCCUCAUCCUCCUCCUCUUGCUCCUCCUCCUCCUCCUCUCUCUCCUCCUUCAAUGACUCAUUUGUUAACCAAAAGAUAUCACCUCACAGCACAAGCAACGAUGACUUGGAUGAUGAUGAUGAUGAUGAUGAUGAUGAUGAUGAUGAUGAUGAUGAUGAUGAUGAUGACGAUGACUUGGAUGAUGAUGACAUAGAUGACAUAGACGAUGAUACUCGUAUUGACCAUAUCGAUGAUGAUAAUCAUAUCAACCAUACCGAUGUCAGUGAUACCAUCGAUAUCCACAACAAUUACAAUAAAAAAGAUGAUCACUAUCUUCACGAUCAAAACAAAAGUUUCCACAACACUCAAAAUAAUUACAAUGAAAAUGCCAUCAUCGAUGAUGACGAAGAUGACGAAAACGACGACGACGACGACAAUAACGAAAUUCACAACUCAAUCACUAAAAUUAACACCCAUCAUCUAAAUAUAAACAACAAUAGCUCUAACAAAAUUAACUCAAAUCAUCAUCCAAAUAGCAUCACUACCUCUACAAACAUCAAAGCUGAAAUCACUAAAAAUAACUUCAGAAACAAACAAAGAAAUCGCAACACUUUUGCUAACCAUGAUCCAAACUUCUCAAAUCAUAUCCAUAAACUCAAAUCCUCAGCUCAAAACAAAUCCCUUCCUUUCUCAAAAUUUGCUGUUUAUAACGUCGAAGAUGAUGAUGAUUCCUCUGGCUCGAUCUCUGAUACCGACAAAAACUAUAAAAAUAUAGACUCAAUUAGAACUAAAUUCAGAAGAGCAACAACUUCAACAAUUGUUAACCCAUCUUGUUUAAACAAUAACAAUAACAACAACAACAACAUUAAUAACAUAAAAAUUCAAACCCCAAUCACGAAUAACUCAGAUGAAAUCGUCUUAAACAUCAUGAAAAAAUUCAAAAAGGAUGCUACUAUUGGUGAUAAUAAACCAACAACUCAACAACAAUUCCAGCAAUUCCAACAAAAUAUACUAAACAGCACCUCCUCUUUACGCAAAAAAAGUUUUAGUAGCUUGAAUUCAGCUCCAGAUUUCCCUCCUUUCAACACUAAAAAACUAAACUCCAAUGCUACCGCAACCUAUAAUAAUUUUAGAAGACCUUCUACUGCUCUUUCCACAAAUACCGCAAAUAGAUCUUCCUAUGCCUAUGAAUCCGAUCAUGAUCUAAAACCCAUAACUAGCACAAACACCCAUAUCAGUGUUUCCACUGCUCAAACACACAUCGUUAAUACUAAUACCAACAUCUCAGCUCUAAAAAACGAAAAAGCUAGAGAUACUCAUAUCAUAAAUAACGAUAACAACAAUGACAAUAAAAAUAUUAUUAAUAAUAAUAACCUUAACAAAAACUAUUUUUCUUCUCAUCAUAGUAUUAACUCCAAUAACAAUAGUCUCAAUACCAUUACAAAAUCCGGAACUGCUCUCAAAAAAAGUUUCAGCAUAAGAAAAGCAAUGACAAACUCUCAUCAUAAUUCUUUAAAUCAACCACCAAAAUCAGAAAUUAUUAGCAACUAUAAUUCAUCUCCAAGCCCAAGAUGCCUUAUAGACAAUAAUAUCUAUGAACACACUGAAGAUAAUACCAAAUUAAAUCAAGUAAUUGACCAAACUAAAAAUAUCGCUGGCGAAACUUUUAAUAACCCUUUCAAAUUAACUACGCAAAAUACAAAUCCUGAAAAUGUGCACACAAAAAAUAAAAAUCAUAAUUCAGAUAAUAUCAGAGGAAAUUUUAACUCAAAUACAAAAGAUAUAACUCAAAAUUACAUUGCCGAUAAAAUUUUACCACACGAACACGAUUUGAAUAUAUUUAAUAAACCAUAUAAUUAUUUUUCCAAAUCUGUUUCUGAACUGUCAAAAAAAAGAAUUAACCUUCAAGAUUUGAACAGGGAGGUCAAUAGUUUUAAUAUUUUGUCUCAUAACGAUUACAAAAAUUAUGUUUCGGAUCAGAAAAAUGAAAUGCCAAAUAAUAAAUUAUUGCAACCAAAAUUUUUUCUUUAUAAGUUUAUUAAUUCCAAUAAUAGCAAAGUAAUUAUUCUUGAAAAGCCAACUAAUUUAAAAAUCGAAAAAAAAGGCUCCUCAAGGGAUUUGAAGAAAAAAGAAAAAAAACAACUGAAGAAUAAAAAUAAGAAAAAUUUAUUUUUACCUCAACCACCAAAAGUAUCAAAUAAAGCUAAUUCUUUAUCUUCUAGCAGAUUGAGUGCUGGAUUUUCUGUUUGUUCUGCUGAUUCAAAAUUAAGUAUUAGUUCAAACGAUCAAAUAGUAUUGAAACACUAUAAAAUCGAAGGAGAAUUUUUGACCUCAAAAGUAUUUAUUCCCAAAAAUAUUUGGUAUUUGAAUAAGAUUUCCAUAAAAGACGCUAAGAUUAAGAUCAAUAUUAUAAAUGAUUUAUCAAACUUAUUAAACACAUUUAUUAAGGAAAUUUCCAAGAAAAACCUUUCAGGGAUAUUCCAAACAAUUGACAACUCAUUAAUUUAUUAUCAAAAGCUAUUAUCAGCGUUUAAUGUUUACAACAAAGAUAUGGAAGAAGAAGCUUCAGAACUUUCUGGUAAUUAUGAAAAUGGUCUUAAAAGAACCUCAGACUCAUUUUCAGCAGUUAGUGUUACUGAAUUAAAUGCUGAUACAUACCGUCCUAUGAUGCAACUAGGAUUGACAACUCCCAUAAGUAAUUCAGCAAGAAAUUCAAGCUUUGGUGGAAAUAGUAAUCACAAUAAUAGCGGUACUAACAUUAGUAACUUGAAUGGAAAUCUUUAUUCAAUAAAUUCAAAUAAAUCAGACAAUAGUGAGAACUCGAGCAAUUACUCUAUGAACUCGCUAAAUAAACAAGCAAGUAAUGAUAGUUACAGAAGAAUAUCAAUAUUUCAUAAGAAGAUAAAAAAUAGACAUUCUCCUUUGACUGGUGCUGGUCCAAAUCAAUUUUCAAAUGGAAAUAUGGGCGUGAAUGAUCUCGACAGAAAUUCAAGUAUCUCAUCAAUCAAUGUUUCAGUUUCACGCAAUUCACAGUUGAUGCUGAUUGAAAACUUAGACAACAACAUGCUCGACAAACAUUAUAAUAAUGAAAAAAUCAAAUAUUUGGAUUCAUUGACUGGUUUAUACAAAGUCGUUUCUCAAAUUACUGACUAUACAAUAAAAUUACAAGUUAAAUUGGAUUUGGAUGAAACAUCAGAAUUCAGCAAUAGUGAAAUCGAAAAUGAAAAGGAAAAUUCAAGUGAUCAUCUUGAGGGCAAAAGCAAAAAUAAUGAGGGUGGCGCUGAUAAUGAGGAGUUUGUUGAUUCAAAAUCCCCAAAAACAUUUAAUGAGGAGGUUAAGAUUGUCGUAGAACCAAAACAGAUUUUUGAUAAGUGCCAUCUUGUUUUGAAGUUUUUAUCUAAAUCUGUCAUUAGGUUUAUUUUAAUUGAUGUUUUAAAUCUUGCAAAUGAUUAUAUGAAGUCCUGCUGUGAUAUCCUUCUGAUUAAUACCGGAAAUGAUUUUAUUCUUAAAUGA